UGCCACUGUUCCACCCAAACCCAUGUUACCAAUGUACCAUUAAAACGGAAUUUUCAUUCUUAAUAAUCAAAAACUGACUGGAAACUAUAAUAUCAAGUAGUAUAACAGCGAUACGACAAUUGACAAUACAAGUUCAUAGUAGUUGAACUUGAUUUAACUAAAUGAAUGCUCUCAACUGACUAUUUUUAUUAUUAAUUAUUUAGUUAAUUUUUUUUUAAUAUGUUGUUUACAUUUUAUACAUGACCACUUUUCUAUACAAAAUGAGUAAAUCUUCAUUUCUGAUUAUAAUUGGUGUCAUUCUUGCUUUAUGUUGCAAUGUCAAAACUGAUUCUGAUUGCAAUGAACCACUAUUAGAAAAAGCAGUAAUUAAAGCUACAUCUUCAUUACCAGACAGAGGACCAGAAAAUGCUAUUCUCAAUGGCCGUAAUGCAUGGACAGCAUUCAGUUCUGAUUUUGCUCAGUAUCUCAUUGUAGAUUUAGGUCAAACUAUGACUAUAACAUCAAUAAUGACUCAAGGUAGAGCAGAAUCUUCAGAGUAUGUAGAAACAUUUGGUAUUAGUUAUGGAUCAAAUGGUUUAGACUAUGCUGAGUACAAAGAAUCAUCUGGCAAUACCAAGUUAUUCAGAGGUAAUAUUAAUGGAGAUGAUCCUGCAAGAAAUAUAUUUGAAGUUCCAAUCAUAGCACAAUGGAUUAGAAUUAAUCCAACUAGAUGGAGGGACAGAAUUUCAUUAAGAUUAGAGCUUUAUGGCUGUGCAUAUUCUUCGGAUAAUCUUUAUUUCAAUGGUACUUCAUUAGUACGUUGGAAUUUGAGAGAUACUCCAGUAUCUGCUCAUAGAGAAUCAAUUAGAUUUAGAUUCAAAACUAAUGUGGCUGAUGGAGUUUUAUUAUAUGGUAUUGGAUCACAAGGAGAUUAUCUAGCUUUACAGCUUAAAGAUAAUCGGUUGCUAUUAAAUAUUAAUUUAGGUUCUCAAAUUAUGACAAGUUUGUCAGUUGGAAGUUUAUUAGACGAUAACAUUUGGCAUGAAGUUAUCAUAAUGAGAAAUAGACUUGAUGUUGUAUUUUCUGUUGAUCGCGUUACAAUCCAAGGUCGAAUUAAUGGUGAAUUUGAAAGACUGGAUUUAAAUCGUGAAAUAUAUAUAGGCGGAGUGCCACAUUUAAAUGAAGGUCUAUUUAUUAAUAAAAACUUCACUGGCUGUAUUGAAAACUUGAUUAUGAAUUCAACAAAUAUAAUUGUUUUACUAAAAGAAGUAUACAACUCUGGUGAUAGUUGGUUGAUGCAAAAAUAUCAAAAAAUAAAUACAUUAUAUACUUGUUUGGAAUCUCCUAUUAUUCCUGUUACAUUUUUAACUCGGUCAUCUUAUGCAAGACUCAAUAGUUACGAAGGAACAAAAAAAAUCAAUAUAUCAUUAUCAUUUCGGACUUAUGAGGCAAGAGGAUUAUUGGCCCAUCACAAGUUUUUAUCAAAUGGAUAUGUUAAGUUAUAUUUAGAAAAUGAGCGAAUUAAAGUAGAGUUAAUGACCAAAGAUGAUACCCGAGUAGUCUUAGACAAUUAUGAGGAAAGUUUUAAUGAUGGCAAAUGGCACAGUGUUGUUUUAAUUCUUAAAACUGAUUUUCUAGAACUGAAUGUUGAUAAUAGACCUAUGCAAACGAUUAGAAAAUUAGAAUUCAUGGUUGGAACAAAUUAUUUUAUUGCAGGAGGAAUUUAUGGUACAGCAGGGUUUAUUGGAUGUAUGCGUUUAAUUACAGUUGAUGGAAAUUAUAUGUUACCAACUGAUUGGAAGCUAGGAGAAAGUUAUUGUUGCGAAAAAGAAAUAUUAUUUGAUGCUUGUCAAAUGAUUGAUCGUUGCAAUCCAAACCCUUGUAAACAUUCUGGAACUUGUAAACAAAAUGCUGAUGAAUUUUUUUGCGAUUGCGCCAGUACUGGAUAUAGUGGUGCUGUAUGUCAAACACCAUUAAAUCCAUUAUCUUGCCUUGCUUAUAAGAAUGUUAAUCCAGUUGGACAAAGUUCUGAUAUUAAAAUAGAUGUAGAUGGUAGUGGACCAUUAAAGCCGUUUCCAGUUACUUGCCAAUAUUAUGCUGAUGGAAGAAUAGUAACUACUGUUAGACAUCAGAAUGAAGUUGAUUCUACUGUAGAUGGUUAUCAAGAACCUGGAAAUUUUAAACAAGAUUUCAUUUAUGAUGCAAAUCUAUUUCAAAUAGAAGCUCUUAUUAAUCGCUCCCAUUCAUGUUGGCAGUCAAUAAAUUAUGCUUGCAAACAAUCUAGAUUAUUUAAUUCUCCAGCAAAUGGAUUAGAUUUUCGACCAUUUGGAUGGUGGGUGUCAAGACAUAAUCAAAAAAUGGACUACUGGGGUGGUUCUAUUCCAGGAUCAUAUAAGUGUCAGUGUGGUGUUAUUGGUGACUGUAAAGAUCCUACUAAAUGGUGUAAUUGUGAUUCGGGUUUUGAUAGUUGGCUAUCAGAUGGUGGUGAUAUCAGAGAAAAAGAACACCUGCCUAUUAAACAAGUUAGAUUUGGAGACACUGGUACUCCUUUGGAUGAAAAAGAAGGACGAUUUAAAGUUGGUCCAUUGAUGUGUGAAGGAGAUGAUUUAUUCAACAAUGUUGUUACAUUCCGUAAACUUGACUCACAAAUUCGUUUACCAACAUAUGAUUUUGGACAAAACGGUGACAUUUAUUUUGAGUUUAAAACUACUAUUGAAAACGCUGUUAUUUUUGAAAGUCAUGGGCCUAAAGAUUAUAUUAAAUUAUCACUUAUAAGUGGUCAUUCUUUACAAUUUAGUUAUCAAGCCGGUAGUGGACCAUUAAGUGUUCGUGUGGAAACCUCAGACAAACUUAAUGAUGAUAUAUGGCAUUCUGUUGUUAUAGAAAGAAAUAGAAAAGAAAGUAGAAUUAUAGUAAAUGGUGCUUUAAAACAAUCAGUAAAAGAACCUCCAGGUCCAGCACGAGCAAUACAUUUAACAUCUGAAUUAGUUAUUGGAGCAUCAUCUGAUGAACAAAAUGGUUUCAUCGGUUGUAUGAGAGCAUUUAUGUUAAAUGGAAAACUAAUAGAUUUAAAAUCAUAUGCUGAAAAAGGGUUGUAUGGUAUUUCUCCUGGGUGCAUUGGUAAAUGUGAUAGUAGUCCAUGUCUUAACAAUGGAACAUGUUUUGAAAAAUAUGAUGGUUAUACUUGUGACUGCCGGUGGACUGCAUUCAAAGGACCAAUUUGUGCUGAUGAAAUCGGUGUAAAUCUUAAAGCCAAUUCAAUGAUAAGAUAUGAUUUUGAAGGAAUAUGGAGAUCAACUAUAUCAGAAAACAUUAGAGUAGGUUUUACCACUACUAAUCCAAAAGGGUUUUUAUUAGGACUGUUUUCAAAUAUCUCAAAAGAGUAUAUGACGAUUAUGGUAUCAAAUAGCGGUCACUUACGAGUGGUUUUUGAUUUUGGAUUUGAACGUCAAGAAUUAAUCUUUCCAGAUCAGCAUUUUGGUCUUGGACAAUACCAUGAUUUAAGAAUUAGAAGAAAAAAUUCUGGUUCCACUCUUAUCAUGCAGGUUGAUGGGUCGGAUCCUAAGGAAUUCCAUUUUAAUAUCAAAGAAUCAACUGAUGCACAAUUUAACAAUAUUCAAUAUAUGUAUAUUGGGCGUAAUACAUCUAUGACUGAAGGUUUUGUAGGUUGUAUAUCACGUGUAGAGUUUGAUGAUAUUUAUCCUUUAAAAUUGUUAUUCCAACAAGAUGGCCCUCCAAAUAUCAGUGGCAUGAAUACUACUAUUAAAGAAGAUUUUUGUGGUGUUGAACCUGUUACACAUCCACCACCAAUAAUAGAAACAAGACCACCUCCUGUUUUAGAUGAGGAUAAAGUCAGGGCUGCAUAUCAUGAAACAAACUCUGCAUUAAUUGGUGGAGUUUUUUCUAUAAUUUUGAUAGCAAUUCUCAUAAUUGCGUUUUUCAUUGGUCGAUAUGUAGCUCGUCAUAAAGGUGAUUAUAUAACUCAAGAAGAUCGUGGAGCUGACAUAGCAUUGGAUCCAGAUGAUGCUGUCAUCCAUUCAACUACUGGACAUCAAGUACAAAAAAAACGAGAAUGGUUUAUAUAAUUUAAAUCAUCGGUUCUCAAACUUUUUUUUUCGCGUACCACUUGAAUAUAUUAUCAGUAAUGUACCACUUAUAAUAGAACCAUAUAAAUUUUACAUAAUAAAAUACAUUUAUUUUAAACAUAAAGGCAGUAAAAUACUACAGUAAAAUUAUUAUUUAU